UUGUGAUACAGAGCGGACGUUGCAUUGAUGGCUACGUCGGAUUUUGUGCUGGGCGGCGUGGCUGCCAUGGGAGCUGGCUUAUUCACCAAUCCUGUGGAGGUGAUCAAAACUCGCAUCCAGCUGCAGGGAGAGCUGGCCGCCCGAGGAACUCAUGCUCAGCCCUAUAAGAGUGUAUUCCAGGCCUUUGUGACAGUGGCCAAAAAUGAUGGAAUUCUUGGUCUGCAGAAGGGGUUGGCUCCAGCUUUAUGCUUCCAGUUUGUCAUAAACUCCUUCCGUUUGAGCAUUUACACCCAUGCCGUGGAGAAGGGUUGGGUGCAUAACAAGAAGGGCGAAAUCUCUUUUGCAAGGGGCAUGUUUUGGGGCGCCUUGGGGGGCGUUGUUGGUUCCUAUUGCGCCAGUCCCUUCUUCCUGAUCAAGACGCAACUUCAGGCACAGGCGGCCAAGCAGAUCGCCGUUGGUUAUCAGCAUCAGCAUGCCUCGAUGAGCGAUGCGAUAAGGCAGAUAUACCGGAAGAACGGCGUCUUUGGACUCUGGCGGGGAUCUAUGGCCAAUGUGAGCCGGGCUACGGUUGCUUCUGCCGUGCAAAUCGCCACAUUUGGCCAAGCCAAGUCUCUUUUGAAGGAAAACGGCUUGAUUACCCAUCCCACAGUCUUGUCGUUCUGCUCUGGUUUAUCAGCUGGGUCAUUUGUGUCGGUGGCAAUUACUCCUCUUGAUGUGAUCACCACUCGUCUCUAUAAUCAGGGAGUGGAUGCCCAAGGUCGUGGGCUUUACUAUAGGGGCUGGCUGGACUGCGUGCUCAAGAUUCUGCGAUCGGAGGGAAUGUAUGGGUUGUACAAGGGCUUCUUUCCCAUUUAUCUGAGGAGUGCUCCCUACUCCACUUUGGUGCUUUUGUUCUUUGAUGAGCUCAUCGCACUGCGGGAGAAGUACGAUCUUCACUACUGAUCAAUGAGUACUUUAAAAGAUGAAACCGCCAUUCUGAAAUAUGCUUUAAUAAGAAUUUGUUUUGAGUGUUCUUUAAAUUGUUUU